CUCCAGCAAGGCGCAGCACGGAGCCGCCCUGGCCCACCCACCCACCAGGAGAUCCAGCGAACCAGUUCAUCUUCGGCUCUCUCUCUCUAAGCCUCUUCUAACUUUUCUUACUCCAUCAGGGGGACCCGAGCCGAGAUGAGUCGCAGUGGACCAACACUAAACUAAACUGAUCCUUUCAAUUCAUAAGCAACUCACAGCACUGUCUUGACCACUUGGCCUCCCCCUCUGAAAGCAGUGAAAGACAGCCCCCUUCCCCCGGUGUUUUACUUUCUCCCUUUUCCCUUACUCCUGGCGGGUUUACGCGGUUGGCACCGUCCCAUCCGAGUUUUCCCUUUUCCUCCCUUCUUCCACUUUUACGCGCUCAGCCCGCGUCCACUCAACUCCGAAAAAAAGGUGGUACUCAAACCGCGAAACAUGCUGAGCAAUACGUACUACGAGCAGCAGCAGCAGCAGCAGCAGCCUCCUCCGCAGUACUACCAGGGCACCACCAACAACGGCGAGGAGGAAGAGGAGAUGCCCGCCACGGAGAAGGACCUGGCGGAGGACGCGCCGUGGAAGAAGAUCCAGCAGAACACCUUUACGCGGUGGUGCAACGAGCACCUCAAGGGCCUCAGCAAGCGGAUCAACGACCUGCAGAAGGACCUAAGUGACGGGCUGAAGCUCAUCGGGUUGCUGGAGACGCUGAGCCAGAAGAAAAUGUACAGAAAGUACCACUUGAGACCCAACUUCAGGCAGAUGAAGCUGGAGAACGUGUCCGUGGCGCUGGAGUUCCUCGAGAGGGAACACAUCAGGCUGGUCUCCAUAGACUCCAAAGCCAUCGUGGACGGCAACCUGAAGCUGAUCCUGGGUCUGAUCUGGACGCUGAUCCUCCACUACUCCAUCUCCAUGCCCAUGUGGGAGGACGAGGACGAGGAGGACGCCCGCAAGCUGACCCCCAAGCAGCGCCUGCUGGGCUGGAUCCAGAACAAGGUGCCUCAGAUGCCCAUCAACAACUUCCACCGCGACUGGAGGGACGGCAAGGCCCUGGGCGCCCUGGUGGACAACUGCGCCCCCGGCCUGUGUCCGGAUUGGGAGACGUGGGAUCCGAGCCAGCCCGUCGAGAACGCCCGGGAAGCCAUGCAGCAGGCAGACGAUUGGCUGGGAGUGCCCCAGGUGAUCGCCCCUGAGGAGAUCGUGGACCCCAACGUGGACGAGCACUCGGUCAUGACCUACCUCUCCCAGUUCCCCAAGUCCAAGCUGAAGCCCGGGGCGCCCCUCAGAGCCAAGACCCUCCACCCCAAGAUGGCCAAGGCCUAUGGACCGGGCAUCGAGCCCAGGGGCAACAUCGUGCUGAAGCCCGCCGAGUUCCUGGUGGAGACGGUGGAGGCCGGGCUCGGGGAGGUGCUGGUCUACGUGGAAGACCCCGAAGGACACACCGAGGAGGCCAGAGUGAUCCCCAACAACGACAAGAAGAGAUCCUACUCCGUGGUCUACCUUCCCAAGGUGGAAGGCCUGCAUAAACUGAAGGUGCUCUUCGCCGGGCAGGACAUCGACCGGAGCCCCUUCAACGUCAACGUGUCCAAGGCCCUGGGGGACCCCAACAAGGUGCAGGCCCGCGGCCCUGGGCUGGAGCCCCAGGGGAACGUGGCCAACAAGCCCACCUACUUUGACAUCUACACCGCAGGGGCCGGCGCGGGGGACGUGGGCGUGGUCAUCGUGGACGCCAACGGCCGGCGCGACACGGUGGAGAUCGUGCUGGAGAACAAGGGGGACAGCGUGUUCCGCUGCACGUACGGCCCCGUGCUGGAGGGGCCCCACGUCGUCCACGUCACCUUCGCCGGCCAGCAGGUCCCCAGGAGCCCCUUCACCGUCCACAUCUCAGAAGCGUGUCGCGGCCUUGACCCUGGGCGCCCGGAACCUUCCUCAGCUCCGCAGAGCGGCCCGGCUCCACCGCCCGGGGCCCCCGCCCCGCACGCCCCCCCGCCGGGGCGCUCCCCGUCCGCUGAUAGGGCGAGGGCCAGAGCCCCGCCCCCGACGCCGCCCAAACCCCGGCGACCAACCUGCAACCCCAACGUGUGCCGGGCCUCCGGCCGAGGCCUCCAGCCCAAGGGGGUCAGGGUGAAGGAGGUGGCCGACUUCAAGGUCUACACCCGGGGCGGCGGCAGCGGGGAGCUGAAGGUCACCGUCAAGGGACCCAAGGGCCAGGAGGAGCCGGUGGCGGUGCGCAGUGCGGGCGACGGCGUGUUCGACUGUGACUACUACCCGCUGGUCGUGGGGAAGUACCUGAUCACCAUCAACUGGGGGGGGCACAGCAUCCCACGCAGCCCGAUGGAGGUGCUGGUGAGCGAGGAGGCGGGCCCCCAGAAGGUGCGGGCGUGGGGCCCCGGCCUGGAGACCGGCCUGGUGGGGAAGAGCGCGGACUUCGUGGUGGAGGCCAUCGGCACUGAAGUGGGGACCCUGGGCUUCUCCAUCGAGGGCCCGUCCCAGGCCAAGAUCGAGUGCGACGACAAGGGUGACGGCUCGUGCGACGUGCGCUACUGGCCCACGGAGCCCGGCGACUACGCCGUGCACGUCAUCUGCGACGACGAGGACAUCAAGGACAGCCCCUUCAUGGCCCACAUCCUCCCCGCGGCCAACGACGUCUUCCCAGAGCAGGUUCAAUGCUACGGCCCAGGCCUGGAGCCGACCGGCUGCAUCGUGAACAAAGCGGCAGACUUCUCCAUCGAUACCCGCGGAGCCGGCAGAGGAGAGCUGAGGCUCUACGCCCAGGAUGCGGAGGGCUUCCCUAUCGACAUCCAGAUCACGGACAACGGCGACAGCACCUUCCUCUGCGUUUACAUCCCCAGCAAGCCCAUCAAACACACGCUGAUCAUCACCUGGGGGGAGGUCAACGUGCCCAGCAGCCCCUUCAGGGUGAUGAUCGGGGAGGGCAGCCACCCAGAGAACGUGAAGGUGUACGGCCCCGGGGUGGAGAGGGCCGGCCUGAAGGCCAACGAGCCGACCUACUUCACCGUGGACUGCAGCGACGCCGGCCAAGGGGACGUCAGCAUCGGGAUCAAGUGUGCCCCCGGGGUGGUGGGACCCGCGGAGGCCGACAUCGACUUCGACAUCAUCAAGAACGACAACGACACCUUCACCGUCAAGUACACCCCCCCCGGCCCCGGGAAGUACACCAUCAGUUACGGGGGCCUGGGGCUGUCGAUCGAGGGCCCCAGUAAGGUGGACAUCAACUGUGACGACGUGGAGGACGGGACCUGCAAGGUGACCUACUGCCCCACGGAGCCCGGGAACUACAUCAUCAACAUCAAGUUCGCCGACCAGCACGUCCCAGGCAGCCCGUUCACGGUGAAGGUGUUCGGCGAGGGCCGCAUGAAGGAGAGCAUCACCAGGAAGAGGCAGGCCUCCUCCAUCGCCACCGUGGGCAGCACCUGUGACCUCAACCUGAAGAUACCAGGUAACUGGUUCCAGAUGGUGUCGGCCCAGGAGCGUCUGACACACACCUUCACGCGCAGCAGCCACACCUACACCCGCACGGAGCGCACGGAGAUCAGCAAGACGCGGGGCGGGGAGACCAAGAGGGAGGUGCGCGUGGAGAAGAGCACCCAGGUGGCCGCCGACCCCUUCGGGGGCGCCGACCCCUUCGGAGACUUCCUGGGGCCCGAGGGCCGGACCGGCUUCAGCGGCAUGCAGAGCAGCCGGCAGCAGCUGCAGGAAGGUGAGAGUGGGGGGGGGGCGGGGGAGAUGACGGCCCAGGUGACGAGCCCCGGCGGUCAGAUCAAGGAGGCGGAGAUCGUCCGCGGCGACGACAGCACCUACAGCGUGCGCUUCGUUCCCACGGAGAUGGGCGCGCACACCGUCAACGUCAAGUACCGCGGCCAGCACGUCCCCGGCAGCCCCUUCCAGUUCACCGUGGGGCCCCUGGGCGAGGGGGGGUCCCACAAGGUGAGGGCCAGCGGCACGGGGCUGGACAGAGGCGUCGCCGGGAUACCGGCCGAGUUCAGCAUCUGGACCCGGGAGGCCGGGGCUGGGGGUCUGUCCAUCGCCGUGGAAGGUCCCAGCAAGGCGGAGAUCACCUUUGAGGACCGGAAGGACGGAUCCUGCGGUGUGGCCUACGUGGUACAGGAGCCUGGCGACUACGAGGUGUCCAUCAAGUUCAACGACGAGAACAUCCCUGACUCGCCGUUCGUCGUCCCCGUCGCCACGCUGGCGGACGGCGCGCGGGCUCUCAGCGUCACCAGCCUGCAGGAGAUGGGUCUGAAGGUGGGCCAGGAGGCGUCCUUCGCGGUGCAGCUGAACGGAGCGCGGGGAUUGGUCGACGCUAAGGUCCACACGCCCUCGGGGGCGAUCGAGGAGUGCUACGUCACCGAGCUCGACAGCGACCAGUACGCCAUCCGCUUCAUCCCGCGGGAGAAUGGCGUCCACUCCAUCGACGUGCGUUUCAACGGCAGCCACGUCCCGGGGAGCCCCUUCAACGUCCGCGUGGGUGACCCAGGCCAGGCCGGGGACCCGGGCAUGGUGUCGGCCUUCGGACCCGGGCUGGAGGGGGGGUCCACGGGCGCGGCGUCGGAGUUCUUCGUGAGCACGUGCAACGCGGGCUCGGGGGCCCUGUCGCUGACCAUCGACGGGCCCUCCAAGGUGAAGAUGGACUGCGUGGAGUGCCCCGAGGGGUACAGGGUCACCUACACCCCCAUGGCCCCGGGGAGCUACCUCAUCUCCAUCCGCUACGGGGGCCCCCGCCACAUCGUGGGGAGCCCCUUCAAGGCCAAGGUGUCAGGUGCCUGUCUAUCCGGGGGCCACAGCCUCCACGAGACCUCGUCCGUGCUGGUGGAGACGGUGACCAAGUCUUCGCAGGCCGCCAUCGGGGGCGGCUUCCCUUCGCUGCCAAAGUUCUCCUCCGACGCCAGCCAGGCCGUCUCCAGGGGGGCAGGGCUCUCCAAGGCCUUCGUGGGCCAGAAGAACAUGUUCACCGUGGACUGCAGCAAAGCAGGUACCAACAUGCUGAUGGUGGGCGUGCACGGGCCCAAGACGCCGUGCGAGGAGGUGUACGUGAAGCACAUGGGCAACAGGAUGUACAACGUGACGUACACCGUGAAGGAGCAGGGCGACUACAUCCUCAUCGUCAAGUGGGGCGACGACAACGUGCCGGGCAGCCCCUUCCACGUCACCGUGCCCUAGGACAAACCCAAGGGAGCGACACGUUUUGUGUAUUUGAGUCGUUUUUUUUUACUUCCCUUCUGCACCUCGACAAGCAGAACCGGGGAAGCCGUUCAAGCCGUUCAUUCAUUUCUCUGAUUUCAUUUCCCUUUUAUUUUGGUUAACCCUGGCCAGAAUAGCAGAAGUUAAAACUCUAAUUGUGUCUGAGCUAGGAAGGUCAGGAGGGGGUGUGAAGCUGUAACGCGGUGUAAACAACGUUGUUUUUGUUUCUUUGGAAACGGAUACUAAACUCUUUCUACGGAAACCUAGACUCCGGCAAUACAAAGCUCAUUGAUCGAACGCCCUGGUGCCCAAGUUAAAUUCCUUCAUCAGCAAUAAACUCAGAGGAUUCACAGUUAGGACUGAAAACAGGUGUAGCUCAUUUAGGUAAUUAGUGGUGUGUAGGUAUGACUGCGGCCAUAAUUAACAUCAUGAGAUACACCUGUGUUCACCCUGACUGUGACGACUUUGAGACAAAGGCCUAUUGGGUAAGUUGGAGAACUCGGUUCAGAUUGACAUUUUUACUUACUACUUUCUUUGUCUACAUGCUAGUUAUUCAAAUAAUCCCACAAUGUGUGACCGGGGGACGAGUUGGGUUAAAACUACACAUGAAACAUACAUGCUUUUGCAUACGUGCUCUUGUGACCCUUUGUUAUUUUAUUUAUUCAGAGCCUAUCGUUUUCUUUGACAGAAUGUCCAGUUGAACUAAAGUGCAGUCAAUCUUCUGACCGUUUGUUCCAUCAGUGUGAACUAGCAAGGUGAGAUGUGUUCUUUGUUUAGUUUCUUUUUUUUGUAACCGAACAGGAUUGGGACACGACAAUCGAUUCAAUGUGUGAACGCUGGAAAAAAAACAAAACAGUGAUACGAUAUCAUAGAGUGAUGUUUUAUAGUUAUUUUAUAUGUAUCGAAAAUGAUUUAAAAAAAGAAAAAAAAAUCUGAAUACGUUUGAUAUUGUAAUCCAAUAUUUUGGCAAGAUUGUGCAGGCAUAAUAAUAAUAAUAAUAAUAAAAUGUUUCAAUGCAAAGUUUGGGGUUUUACUGAGCUGAGAAUGAAAGGAACCAGCUUUAAAAAUAGGGUGUACAGGCCCCUGCAUGAAUGACGGGCCUAUCUUCGAAACAAACAAUCAUCAGCUACAACAAUCACGACGCUCACCAUUACGAAACAAAAUGAUUAAAUAAUCGUCCAGUUUUCCCACAUGCGUAUACAUGUGCACUAUUUUAUCCCCGCAUUAGUGCCAACUGUUUACAAUCGCACUCCCGUCGUCACACUUCGGUCAAGCGCCAUAAAACCUGAGGUCUAGUCAUGAACACACACAUAAGCAAACAUACUUAAAAUUAUUGUUUGAUCUGGAACGUAAACGUACGCUACGCGUGUUCACGUCUCCUAGUGCUUUUUGGUCCUUAUCUUAGUUUACGGGAAGAAUUAAUGUUACUUCCUUACUUAUUACUGGUCACAUGGGAGGCUACACACAUGUGUAAAGCAGGUACAAAUAUUUAUUAUAAACGUAUUUAAAUUACUAACGAACAAUAAAACAUAAAAAAACACUGUUCCAGAAUGAGAACUAGUAAAAGAUUAUCUGCAGUCAUUUGUGACCUGUGACUGAAAUUGAGAGCAUCCCGGCACAUUUCCCUCACUAAUAGCUGACAGGAUCGUUACUACCAUAAUAUCCUCCAAUAAUAGGUCUUAA